AUGAGUUUUAAGGAACAGGGACUGGAUUUCCCAGGCAUAGGGAAAAAACUCCCUCUGCCAACACAAGGUAACCAGUCUUACUCUUCCAGGAUUUCCGUCUGCGAUGAGGACAAAUUCCGCCACAAUGAGUUCAUUGGGGAGACACGGAUCCCCCUGAAGAAACUGAAGCCCAACCAGACCAAGACCUUUAGCAUCUGUCUGGAGAAACAGCUGCCGGUGGAUAAGACAGAAGAUAAGUCCCUAGAGGAGCGAGGACGGAUCCUGAUAUCCUUAAAGUACAGCUCCCAGAAGCAGGGCCUGGUGGUGGGCAUCGUGAGAUGUGCGCAUCUGGCAGCCAUGGAUGCCAACGGAUACUCUGACCCCUAUGUGAAGAUAUACCUGAAACCUGAUGUGGACAAGAAAUCCAAGCAUAAGACAGCUGUAAAGAAGAAAACCUUGAAUCCGGAAUUCAAUGAGGAAUUCUGCUAUGAGAUAAAGCAUGGCGACCUGGCUAAGAAGACCCUGGAGGUCACUGUUUGGGAUUAUGAUAUCGGCAAAUCAAAUGAUUUCAUCGGGGGAGUUGUGCUGGGCAUCAACGCCAAAGGGGAACGUCUGAAGCACUGGUUUGACUGCCUAAAAAACAAAGACAAGAAAAUUGAGCGUUGGCACACACUGACGAAUGAGCUGCCCGGUGCUGUCCUCAGUGACUGACCUUGGCCACCCACCCCACUGGGCCAGCAACAAUUCAGGGUCUGAGAUUUAUGUUUACUCAAUAACAUCAAAAGGCUCCUGGACCACCACAUUCACAAAAAACUAUACCACCUCAUCUGUCAACUCUGGACACUGGGAAUGGUGCCAGGCUGGGCCUCACAGGCCCAGGGGAUUCAGGCACCAAGAGCCAGAUGUCCCCCAUUGCUGGAAGCUUGAGGUGGGCCAGGCCCAUCUGCUUAUGAUCUCUGUCCCCUUCUUCUCUCUCUGCCUCCAAAGUGGCCACAGGGCUGAGGGGUGGGGGUGACAGAGAGAGGGGAGGAGGAUGCCUGGUUCCUGCCCUGACCCUCACUGGCUCUAUUACCAGGGAGGAGGGAAGGACAGUCAGGAAUAGGCCCAGGACCAAGCCUCACAUGAAGCCAGAGAAGGCCGUCCAGCUAUGGUACUGGAGUCAGGCACCCAGGUCUAACACUGGGCAGUAAAUGAGGCCAGGAGGGAGGCUGAGAAAAGAGACCAGCUGGGAUCUAGCCUGACUUCUCCCUAACAUUCCCAGGAGAGAGUGGGGUGAGAUCCAGCGGCUGGGCUGAGAGUCCAGGCCUGGAAGCAAAGAGAACAGAGAGAGGCUGCCAAGUGCUUUGGUCUACCUGUUUCAGGAAAGGGUCCAUGUCAGCUCUCCCUUAGGCGACGUUCUGCAGCUGAGCAAAGGUUUGUAAGGAAGAAUCAAGGGGGCAGUGACACCUGGUGGCCACAGGCGCACAGGGCAGCCAAGAGAUGUGAGAGCAGAAGUGAGGCCCCAAGGAUCUAUUGGGGAAAUGCAAGCCAAACCUGCCCUUGCUGGUCUUGCCACUGGUCCUGUAGAGGCUGAACCCUCUCCUGCCAUGGGACAGGCUCCUCUUCAGGUGGGUGGCUUCUGUGCCAGGCUGGCCUGAAAGAGUAAGAUGGCUAAUCCUCCUCCUCUCCCCCUUCCUCUGUACUGUUGUCCCCCGUUUGACAGUUAAAGGCUCUCAGGAGAGACCAGGUUUCCCCAGUGUCAGAGAUGGGAUUUGUUCCCAGAUUCUCCUGGCUCCAGGUCCCAGGCUCUAGCCACUAGGCCACACUGAGUCUUCUUAAGCUCCUCCUCCUCCACAUGAGGCACAGAGGUGAGGGGGGGCACAGAAGUGUGUUUCCUCCACCAUUAGUUACUGUGCCCUAUGCCCAUAUCAGCCUGGCAGGGCACAGAGAGGUACUCCUCACUCCUCUGUAAAUAGUCAUGUCUGAUUGCUAAGGAAUUGUACAGGGCCCAAACUGCUGCUGAACGUCAAGGUGAGAGCUGGAAGAGACCAUCCCUCAGGCCACCGCACCGAAGGUAAGGGACUUACCCAAGGUCACCCAGGGAAGAGCGGAGCUCAAAUCUGCUGUCACUGAAACACACGCCUUUGAAAGGACAGACAGACAGAUGGAAAAAGACACACGACCAGGUCUAGAUGGUGCCAUGUGGACAUCCUAUAAGUCACAGUAAAGUCUGUGUUGGGGUUGGAGGCCAGCAAAAGCAUUUCACUGGAGUGGAAACUGAGGCCGGGUGGAUUCUGGGUCCAGCGGUGCUGGAGAGAAAGAGGGGAGCGUUCCCUGAUCUCUUGUAGUCCAUCCGGGAGGCUUAGGAGUCCAGAUCCAGAGGAUGUCAGCCCUAGACAGAGCCUUAGACAGUGUGGGCUUCAAACCCAUUUGUUUUACAGAAGGGGAAACUGAGGCCCACAAAGGUGGUGAUCCGCUGCUCAUGGCCCUUCAGGAAGCCUGAGCUGGUAUUAAUGAAGAGGAUGAGAUGCCUUCUCUCUUGUCUCUCAUUCCUCCAUAUUGCUCAGAAGGAGGUUUCCCAUUUCUCUCCCAGCCAAGUCCACAGAAACAGAACCAACCAGCCGUAAGGGAACCCCACGAGGCAGCAAGGGAAGGGGAAAGGCUUCCUCAUGGCUCUUCUGCCUGGCAAGUUUAAGCCACUUGGGAGUAAGGCCAGGACUUCAGAGAGGGAGGAGCUUUGGGGUCAGGACCCUAGCUGGCUCCCGGCUCUGCCCGGGUGACCGGCGGCUGUACAACCCCAAGAUCCCUUCCGGCUCCGCAUCCCCGACACUCUCUGCCCUCUGCUCGCCCCCCCCCCCCCGCCCCCACCUCCUCCUCCCAUCAGGACCCGGCGAGGAGCCAACCAAAGGUGCUACUUCCUGCAAAAACCCGCUGCCUUGGGGAGAGGAGAGUCCCUUUGACUCCUCUUAGUCAGGCGCUUUCAGGGGCUCCGCGACGCUGAUCCGGGCAUUGUCAGGGGCAGCGCCAUGCUCUGGCCGGUGGGGAAGAGACGCACCGUCCCAAGAAGAGCCGAGCUGGGAAGGGGCAGCGGCUGAAAUCCACGUGCGCCCCCCCCCCCAGCCCUCUCCCACUGGGCCACGUGCCCACCUCAGUCUGCGAGCUCUACCGGCCAGCACCCGGAGGGGCAGACGGCUAAAGGACCGACGGUCAGCUUCGGGAAACUGGACUUGGACGCACUAGUUUCCAGACAGGGCAUUUUCAGUUCUCUACUUGAGGCUCCAUCGACGGCUGCCGUCCAGCACACUCAGCCAGGCUCUCACGCAGAGGACAGGAGCCGAGCCCCAGGGCAAAGGUUCAGGGACUCGGAUUCAAAUCCUGCGGCUGCCAUACUUUGUAGGGUGACCCAGGGCGGCUCCAGCCUCAGGAUCCCGGGUGGAGAGCUGGAAGGGCCCCGCAAGGCGGCACUGACUCUGACCCCUCAUUUGAUGUCCUCUCUUCUUCCCUGUAAAAGGAGAGGGUGGAAAUAAAGGAUGCCCUGAGCCUCUGCAUGGCAAACCUGCAAUUGUGUAAACCCCAACGCACACCCCGACAUCCCAGAGAGAAAUAGCCUGAGGCCUCCCGUUGGGGUUCCCUCUUCCCCAGGAGAGCACCCACAUGUCCACUGGGGAUCGCCGCUGGCUCCAUCCUCUACUCCGCCUUAGCCCAGGCCCCUUUUCUAAGAACCGGUUCAGCCCACGGUGCUGCCGUCCACUCCCUGGGCUCCCUCCGGCCAAGCUGCUGAGCAGAGGCCAGCCGGGCCUGUGUCCAAGGGAUAUCGGGAUGUUCCCUGGCUCUUCCCUGGCCAGGCUUGCCUUCCUUUGGAGCCCACGGGAGCAGGACCCCCCUGGGGGGCCUCCGGCCCUGAUGGGGGUGAAGCACGGAGUGUUUAGAGAAGGCUCGGCUGGGAGGGAAACAGGUUGGCAGCAGAACCAGAAGAAUGGGCAGGUGGCCUCAGGGGACCCUAACCACACAUCCAGACGGAUGAGGGCUUGCUCGUCUGUAAGGGCUGUAGGGAGACGGCGGAGUGCAGGAAUUCUCAAAUUGCAAGGGACCUAAGGACGUCCCAUCACUUUAUGGGCCUCAGUUUCUUCAUCUGUAAAACACUAGACUAGAUCACCUCAGGCUUUCCUUAUACCUCUAAGUCCUAUGAUCCUAGCCCAUACCUUCCCCCCCAUUUAACAGAUGAGAAAACUGAGGCCCAGGAGGUCAGGGGACUCACACAUUACACAGGCAGUAGCCAAAGUGGGAUUUGAAUCUGCAUCGCCCAACUCCAAGCAUGGUAUUUCUUCUAUGAUGUUAUGCUGACAAAAUGGGAGUCAGGAAGGGCUGAAUGGGGAAUGGAGGCUGACCUAGUUCAGAGAGGCAGGAAGGGAGAAGAAAGGGGGCAGUACCUGGUGGCCCAAUGCCAGAGCAGAGGGAGCCUCUAGGCUUGAAGGGGGAGAAAAACAGGGAGGGAGAAGGGAGGCAGGAGCAGCCCCGAAGCUCACAUCCCUCAGGACCCCGUCCUGCAUCCCCUCCAUCCCAAGAGUCACAGAGAGGCUCAAAAGGACACCCUCGAUGCCUCUACUCUGCCAUGGCAUCCCGAGCUCCACUCUUAGCUCUGCAGGACAUCUCCUCGGUAGGUCACCCAGAGCGAAUUCUAAAUCCCCAACAGCUUCCCCCGGAAGCAGAUGUGAGACUUGACCAUCAUCCCAAAACAUCCUCCAGCCCAUUCCUAUAGAAUGAGUUUUGGAUGGCCCAACAUUUUGGUUUAUCCAUUCCAGGAGCGCCAUCAUCUUAUCCGCAUCUAUGGACCUACAUUCAAAUUCCGGCUUUGCUGCCCGAGUGACCCUAAACAAGUGACUUCGUCUCUUCGGGCCUCAGUCUCCUCAUCUGUAAAAUGAGGACAUUGGAUGACCUUCUCUAAGGUCAGACCUUCCAACUCUAAAGAGGUCAUCUGAAGAUUCCUGUAGCUACCACCUUCUCCUAGUCACUAACCAAGCAUUGCCCAGUCUUCCAGCACUGAAGCAGUCCCUGACAGACCUCCAGCUACCACCAAGGGAGACAGGCCGAGUCAGGCUUUGCCCAUGAAUGGGCCUGGACAGGAAGAAAGGUGCAUGUCAUUUCCACCCUUUGUAACUUUUCUAACCAAGCAUAUAGACAAUGCAUGGACUUUCACCGUUGUCCACUCAAACCCUCAUUCAAUGUUUGAUACAGUUUUGCUACAAUGUGAGGGUUGCAGAAAUUAUACCUUAAACUGCCUCCCCCAAACCAAUUUUGUACUCUGGUAUGAUCUGCUCCAACAGUGUCCUUUUCAGAUUCUAUUUGUUAAUAUUUAUAAUGACAUAUAAUCCAAAGUAAAAUGAAAAAACCAA